CGGACUGCUCCACUGUGGGAUAGAAUCAGUAUAACAGAUGAUGGUGGUGUCAUGAUUUUGUGGCAAAUAGUGGAUCAACCCAACUGUGUUGCUGCCAUGCGAGACAGGACAGCAUACGCCUGUGUCAGCAAACACUCCGACUGCUACGAUGUAGAAGGCUACAUCUGCGUCUGCAACCCCGGCUAUUCAGGCAACCCCUUCAUUAAAGAAGGCUGCUCCAAAGACAAAGGGUAUAAUCCAAUUCCGAGUAGGGUUGACUGUACUCGUCGGUGUGGUAACAUUACUGUGGAAUUCCCGUUUGGCUUAGAAGAGGGUUGCUUUGCCCGGGAAGAGUUUCACCUCAACUGCACAAAUACAACGUCAUCGACUGUUCUAAUGCUGGAGGAUUUUGAGGUGGCCGGCAUGAAUAUUGAAAAAGGGACCUUUGAGUACAACGACCAUAGCCCUGUAGAACAAAUAUCUGGAGGACGCAUCCUUUUUGUGGGUUAUGAGUUUUUAUCCUCUCUGCAGUGGGUAGCUGCCAAUCUAAGUUGCCUAGAAGCCCAACUUGAUACAUCUGGAUAUGCUUGUGUGAGUAUCAACAGCAGGUGCGUGGGAGUAAAUGCUACAAUUGACUAUAGAUUUUCUGAAGCUACUAAAGAAGACACCUAUGUCGGUUAUCGUUGUAAAUGCACUGACGGCUUCAAAGGAAACCCAUACAUCCAAAAUGGCUGUCGAGAUGGAAUAGAAAUGUUCAACGGCAACUACGGAAGAAUUGAUUCCAGAGGAACCAUGGUCUUCUCCUUGAAACGUUGA